CUCUGCGGUGUUGCUAAAUUUGCUGUUUUUUUGGGAGGGGGGAAGCAUGCAAAAUUAAAAUUUGUGAUUAAAAAACCCUGACUGUAUUUGAAUUUUGUGGUGAUGAGAUGUGCUCUGCCGUGCUACAAGCCAAUUUACAUAUUUCGCAAUGGAUAAAGUUUAUGCCAGUCCUAUUUAUAAACAUCAAGAAUUGUUUCUUUCUGUUCCCUAUCUAAAAUAUGUAGAAAAACGAAGUACUUUUAUAAUUACGUUGAUAUUGAUACUGACAAAGAUGUUUACGUUAUUAAAGCUUUAGAAUUUUGCAAAAGGUACUAAUACACGAAUUCGACUUAGAAAAACUACACCAAAGAUAGUCAUUUUUCGCCACAUAAUUCCUGUUUUAAAAAGCAAACAGCUAGAAGAAGAAUUUUUUGCGUAUAAAACUUUAAUGACACUGCCAAUGAUGCUUAUAUUAUAAAAACUUUGGAACUGGGGAAAAGAAACAGAUGCUUCAAGUUUAGCUUGAACAUGUGAAUAAAUGUUAUUUUGGCUUGGAUUUUCGAGAACUAAAACUUUUAGAUUCUCAUGAAGAUUCGAGGCUGUUUUAUUCAGGGAAAGAAGAAUAAAAGACCAUUCUUUAAGAAUCAAUGCUUCUUUGUAGCUUUCAUUUGGAUAUGUUGCUGUUACCAGGGUGAUGAAGCUCGACCCCGCACUUUCUCUUACAAGCAUCUCGUGACAUUGGAGUGUCACGUGAUUUUAAAAGGAACAGUUCGAACUCACGUAACGCCAGCCUGCAGCUGCAAUUGUUCCAUUUGGUGUAAAGAGUUAUUAAAAUGUGUUCAAUGGUAUCAAAGCUUAGAAGAACCCAUUUUUGUUCAAUAUCCGACUGACUCCUACAGCAAAUGCUGCGAACCUCUACUCUUUUCCAAGUCACUGUAUAAGGCCGAGUCUGUUGAAUACAAUAUAAGAUGCAGAGAAAGUCGAACUACUUCAAACGCAACACGUGAUAUUGAUCAAGUUGGCGAGACAUCUUACUCCAUUCUUUGUACUGACUACCGCCAAGAGAAUGCUUGUUUUAAUCUUCAUAUAAAUUCGUGGGAAGACGUUUCCCUGGCUGUAGACAAUGAAUACAAAGGAAUGGUUAAUUCCAUCAAGACAAUUCCAAGAUCUCGAACUCGAAGAAGGAAUUUAUUUCGUACAAGAUUAAAACGAAGUCAAAGUUACUCUCCACCUUAUCAAAUUCAAGCUCAAAAUGGUUUAUUCUCAAAAAUUUCUGUUCUCCAGUUUUUCAAUAUUUAUUUGAGUAUACAAGACUCAAAGAAUAAUAUUGUCCAAAAUUUAAAUGGAAAAGUUUUAAUAAAUGUUGAAGGAGGAGUUAUUAAGUCAAAAGAAAUUUUAAAUGGAGAAUUGAAAGCCAAUAUUGAAAAUGGAAAUGCAGUUUUUUACAAUUUACAAUUCACAAAGACUGGAGAAAAUUACAGGCUUCGAAUAUCUUAUUCCGGUUUAUCAUCCGACGUUGUUCCAUGGAUGUCAGAUCCAAUUACUGUCAGUGAAAGGGAACUGAUUCUCAAACCAUCAGGUCGAGUACCACCUUUGAGCCCCCGAGAGAAUUAUACCCUCUCCCCAUCUGCGGGAGUGAUUAUUUUCGAUGUUAUGGACAAUGCUCCAGCGAAAAAAGCAUAUCUGAAACAAUACACUUGGGAAGGAAGCAUUAGCCUGUUGUAUGAUGACGUAUAUUCAGGAACACUCUUAGGUUCAACAUAUAAAUUGAUAGAAGAUGGUUCCAAUGAAAUUCUAUUCAGUGAUGUCAUCAUUUCGAGUUGGGGAUAUUCUUACAUUUUAAGAAUCAGGGUGAAAGCCAGAGAGUCAUCACUUUGGAAUCUUUCUUGUUUAAUCGGACCAUUUGACGUUGACAUGUUGGAUACUUUUGAACUUCCGUUAAUUGAGUCAUCAGAAUUUCGUCGCGUCCAAGUAAUUUACGACGGAAGUUUCCAAAAAGUGGAAGAAGAUGAAGCGAAGUUUAAAAUAUUCUUCUUGAAUUUUUUUGGCCGAAGAUAUCCCAGGGUUAGAUGGCAAAACGUAACUGUUGCAGAAGGGAGUGUUGUGGUGGAUGCCGUUAUUACAGGACUUACUGAAGACUUGGAAAAAACUACAGAAGCAUUGUCCAUCGACAUAAGCAGCGGAAAAGCAGAUGUAGAAUAUGAAAAUAGCAAAACUUGGAAAGCUAGUAGAGUUUACGUUCCAUCAAGAAAACUAUUAGAAGAGAACGAAAAUACCGAAACUUCGGAUGAAGGUGGUGGACUAUCAGUGGCAUGGAUUGUGGCAAUUGUGAUCAAUGUCAUUCUAAUCGUCAUUUUCAUCAUCGCCAUUAUCUACUGUUGGCAUCGAAGAAAGAAACAGAGCGAAGUCCCCCGCAGUCCAUCUCAUCUUAAGCACUUUGAUAAACAUCCCAAUCAUCAUCACGCACUAUUUGUAAACAAGGCAGAAAACCACAAAAUGCUGCAAGACAAGACUGCCUUAAUGGACGCGACCAGGAAGGCAGCAGUCUUUAAUGUGGAGGACGAACACCGGCGUCUUCACGAGCAAGACCACCUAGACGAUGAGAGGUUGAAAGAUGAAAAUGAAGAUGACCCGCCGGGAUAUCCAACUCCAUCCCCUGAGCCAGUUUUUCCAACUCCUAUUCCUACUCCUGAGCCAGAAGAAGAUUUUUGGAGGCCCGAACCAACACCAGAGCCAGAAGAAAUAUCUUUGCCCGGAGCUAUUUCUGAACCAGAACCAGAACCCCCUAGAGAGGAUCUAUAUUACGUCUAUCAAAUAACGGACAUUGAUGGUUCCAGAGAACUUAUUGGUCAACUAUACCUACAAAAUGACUUAUACCUGAGUGACGUGCGAAGGGUCAUUGAGAGAGAUCGAAAUCUAUCGGAAAUCAUUCGAAAAAAAGAAUACAAGUUUCUGGAUGAUAAUUUAGAAGUUGUCCAUCCUUAUCAAGAAAGCUCAUUAAAUAUCGAGAGAGUGUUUCCUUCACAAGAAAUUUAUUUGCAACCCUUACUACCUGAUCCACCAGACCCACCCAAGAGGCUACCAAAAGUACCGGCGUAUGUAGGACCUUUGGGAAUAUGCAGUGCUUCUGAUUGCACCAGAGCAGCAAAAAUAAAAUGUUUGGAUUGCAGAAAUACAGCCUAUUGUUCUAAACGCUGUAUGCAAAAUGAUAUAAAAGAACAUAGACGUGCUUGCUAUAGUAAGUAUAAGAUAGUAUAUGGAGCAUUCUGCUAA